AUGACGAGCAUCCAAUCCUCCGACGGUCACCAACAGGAAAAUUUCCAACAAGGGCAAAUGAAGAUUAACAGUCAACCCACCCCACCAAGAGUGGCCCAGGUUCCUCUCUCGCUCGUGCAAGGAUCCGAGUCGAUCCGCAUGGGAAAAUCGCGAUGGUUCACUGUGCCUGUCCCACCUAACUGUGGCCCGGCUGGCUCCACCGAUGUGAUUGGGUCUUGGUACCCCAGGGCUCAGGCCCAAGCGGAUGUGAAAUGA